AUGGAACAUUGUCUGAGGCUGGACACAUGCAACAUUAGAGAUAUGGAACAUUGUCUGAGGCUGGACACAUGUAAUAAUAGAAAUAUGAAACAUUGUCUGAGGCUGGACACAUGUAAUAUUAGAGAUAUGGAACAUUGUCUGAGGCUGGACACAUGUAAUAUAAGAGAUAUGGAACAUUGUCUGUGGCUGGACACAUGUAAAAUUAGAAAUAUGGAACAUUGUCUGAGGCUGGACACAUGUAACAUUAGAGAUAUGAAACAUUGUCUAGGGCUAGACACAUGUAACAUUAGAGAUAUGGAACAUUGUCUGAGGCUGGACACAUGUAACAUUAGAGAUAUGGAACAUUGUCUGAGGCUGGACACAUGUAACGUUAGAGAUAUGGAACAUUGUCUGAGGCUGGACACAUGUAACAUUAGAAAUAUGGAACAUUGUCUGAGGAUGGACACAUGUAACGUUAGAGAUAUGGAACAUUGUCUGAGGCUAGACACAUGUAACAUUAGAGAUAUGGAACAUUGCCUGGGGCUGGACACAUGUAAUAUUAGAGAUAUGGAACAUUGUCUGAGGCUGGACACAUGUAACAUUAGAGAUAUGGAACAUUGUCUGAGGCUGGACACAUGUAGCAUUAGAGAUAUGAAACAUUGUCUGAGGCUGGACACAUGUAACAUUAGAGAUAUGGAGCAUUGCCUGGGGCUGGAUAUAUGUAACAUUAGAGAUAUGGAACAUUGCCUGGGGCUGGACACAUGUAACAUGAGAGAUAUGGGACAUUGCCUGGGGCUGGACACAUGUAACAUUAGAGAUAAUGAACAUUGUCUAAGGCUGGACACAUUAAAAUUAGACAUAUGGAACAUUGUCUGA